CAGCUUCACCAGCUUCACCAGCUCCACCAGCUUCAGCUCCACCAGCUUCAGCUCCACCAGCUUCAGCUUCACCAGCUUCACACCACAACACAGAGCCACAGAGGGAGUACCCCGAGGAGAGACAGACACGGACACAGACACACAAACAGAUGCCCCAUAACAUCUCAGAGCAGCAGCCUGGCACGCCCCACUGUCCAGAGCCCCGGGCCCUACAGGAGGACAGUCACAACACACCUCAGCCUGAACCAACACAGAACAACGCCUCCUUCCCCAGCUUCGUGGAUGUCCCAGGUCCGUGUGAGCCAGAGGACCUGAUUGAUGGCAUCAUCUUUGCUGCUAAUUACCUGGGUUCCACCCAGCUGCUGUCUAACAAGAACCCAUCUAAAGGAACACGCAUGGCCCAGGCGCAGGAGGCUGUCAGCCAGGUCAAGAGCCAAGAUGGAGACUCUCAGACGGUGACAGAAGUGGACCUCUUCAUCUCCACCAAGGCUGUCAAAGUGCUGAAUGCCGACUCACAGGAGACGCUGAUGGACAGUGCGUUGCGUUCCAUAUCCUACAUCGCAGACAUCGGGAGCAUCGUGGUUCUGAUGGCUCGUACUCGUAUGGCAGACACAUCCUCGCAGGACUGUAGUGAAGCUGAUCUCUCCUGCUCAGAGGGACCGAGACGGUACAGAAUGAUCUGCUAUGUCUUCGAGUCAGAGGACGCCCAGCUCAUUGCCCAGUCCAUCGGCCAGGCGUUCAGCGUUGCCUACAGGGAGUUUCUCCGUGCUAACGGGAUCAACCCUAAGGACCUGAGUCAGAAACAAUACAGUGACAUCAUCAAUUCCCAGGAAAUGUACAAUGACGACCUGGUCCAUUUCUCAAACUCUGACAACUGUAAAGAGCUGGAGUUGGAGAAGCAGAAGGGAGAGAGCCUAGGUGUGGUGAUAGUGGAGUCUGGCUGGGGCUCCAUCCUGCCAACAGUUAUCCUAGCUAACAUGUUGAACAGCGGCCCGGCUGCCCGCUCUGGGAAACUCAGCGUCGGGGACCAGAUCAUGUCCAUUAACAACACCAGCCUGGUGGGCCUGCCGUUAGCUACCUGCCAAGGCAUCAUCAAGGGUCUGAAGAGCCAGGUGCAGGUGAAGCUGAGCAUCGUGAGUUGUCCUCCUGUCACCACCGUCCUCAUCAAGAGACCUGACCUCAAGUUCCAGCUGGGCUUCAGUGUUCAGAACGGCAUCAUCUGUAGUCUGAUGCGCGGAGGUAUCGCGGAGCGAGGAGGGGUGCGAGUCGGCCACAGGAUCAUUGAGAUCAAUGGGCAGAGUGUGGUUGCCAUGCCGCACGAGAAGAUAGUCCAGACCCUGUCUGUGUCAGUGGGAGAGAUCAACAUGAAGACCAUGCCUGCAGUGAUGUUCAGACUGUUAACAGGGCAGGAGAUUCCCGUCUACAUUUAGACUCUCCACAUCAGAGUUCUAAAUGGCACCCUAUUCCCUAUGUAGUGCACUACUUUA